AUUGAAAGUUUUAGUGAUUCGGAAAAUUAUCCCCUGCGAUGGAGUCAUAUUUUUGCUUAUCAAAUUUUGAAGAUAUUUAUGUUGAGAAUUCGUUAAAAUUAUGUCAAUUGUCCAUAGUUUCUCAAUUCGGUCGCGGUCAUUGCAGAAAAGCGUCGAUCGUUUGACAAAAUUCGCUUGAGAUUAUUAUUUGUGUGCUUGCCGUCGACCCUGGAGACAUCUUGUGAUUAAAAAGCACCGUUGCGACAAGAUUGUUCACUGUCUGGUUUUGUCAUUGUGCGAAACGGUAACAAAAUUAGUAUUGGUGCUAAGUACGACCCACAAUCAUGGAUGUGUCGUGGGACGCAGACAAUUUUGAGCCUAAGCUCCCGACCACGUUGACAUCAUCGAAUAAAUGGGAAGGCGAAGACGAGGAAGACAACGUCAAGGAAAGUUGGGAGGAUGAGGAGGAAGAAAAAAAAGAUGAGGAGAAAAAAGAACUUCCCCCUGCCCCGCCAAAAUCGAAAAAGAAAAUACAGGAUAAAAUAGCGGAAAGAGAGCGGCUGGAACGCGAGAAACUAGAAAGGCUUAAUGCAGAGAAACCUGAGGAACUGACACCAGAACAGAAGCUCGCUGAAAAGCUACGCCAACAGAAAUUACAAGAGGAAUCUGAUCUCCGACUUGCCAUGGAGACAUUUGGUGUGACAGAUGGUAGUGGUGGAAAAAUAGAUAGCUUCAAUCCAACUACAAAAGCAGAAUUCACAGAGUUUGCUGAGUUGCUCAGCAAGAAAAUAAAUUUCUACAAAAGCAAAGAUGAGUUCCCCGGAUUUGCUGAAGAGCUGUUCAGGAAUAUAAUUGUUCAAAUGCCCUCGGCUGACAUUAAAAGGAUAAAGCUUUGCGUAGACAACCUUUACAUUGAAAAACAAAAAGCCGAGAAGAAUGAGAAGUCGAAGAAGCCAACAAAGGGCAAGGGCAAGGCGAAAUUAAAAGUGGAGGGUGACAACGCCCAUCUCAACCAAUACGACUCAUACGGCAAUUUCGAAGACGAUUAUGACGAUUUCAUGUGAACAUCACAUCGCAUCACAUACGCAGCGCUCUUAUUGCGAACGUGUAAAACGGAAUAUCACAUCGUUCGCACUCUUUCUCGCCGCUUGAAUUGUCCACCGGCGGAAACGGGACAGAGAGAGUGGAUGUUCCGUUUUACAUAUUAAAAUUAGUGGGUUUUUGGUACCUGAUUUUCGAACGAGCGCGAUAUUAUAAAUAACACUUCACUAACGUUUCUAAUUUUAACCGUAUCAAUAGAAUUGUCAAUCAUUCAUCCAUUUCAUACAUAAUUCUAUAUUUUGAUUUGAAAAUAAAAAUGUGUAAAUAUCGUAAAAAAAUUAAUUAUGUAACAAAAUAGACCGUACCGAUAAAAAAAUUUGAUUCCAUUAUAUGUGUUAUAUGUUUGAAUGUGUGCCCAUUCAGUGUUCCUGUUCGUACAUCAGGUACUGUGAAUUACGUAUAGCCUAUAUUAUACAUAUAUAUACAAUGUAAUAUACAGUCGUUUCAUUGUACGGUUAUGGUCCGAUGUUAUGUUAUUAUAGAUAAUAAAUUUUUUAUUGUGAUAAUA